AUACCUUCUUUUAAUCAUCUCUAACCUCCUCUGAUCCCAAAAUGAGCAGAGUAAUAUUCAUCCAGCCGGCGGAGGGAAAAUAUGAGGAAAAGGGCGGCAGAAACAGGAAGGUAUUCCCUGCUUGGAGCUUCAGAAUCCCUCAGAAGCCGUCACUUUUAACGCCGGCAAGAUUUAUGAAGCAUUUAGGGGCGAAGGUGUCAAAAGCCAUACGCUCCGUCUCGUGUUCUAACCGGAAGAGGUCGUCCCGGAAAAUAUCUUCAGCUAGCUUUGCAAGGUCACGGUCUUAUGCAGAAACCCUGCUCGCUGAUUCCCAGAGAGCAGAGGCCAUUGAAGAUUGCAUCGAGUUCUUGAAUUCUUCUUCUUCUUCUUUGCCCAGAUCAAGCUCUGUUUCAUGCUCUUUUUAGUAAAGGUUAGUUUCUUGAUGGAGUAGAUCGAGAUACCAGAGAAUAUGGUGUAUUUUUUUUUAAUACAUCAGAGAUAUUUUAUUUAUUUGUUGACUCAAGGUUUGAGGUAAUAAUCCGUACAAAGUUUUGGACCCAUACGGGUAACCUGGGAAAUUGUAGAUAAAUUGUUUGAUGAAAUGAAACUAUAAUUACAAUUUAGUCUAUAGAAUCUGGCUGUUGUACCUAUGUAGAGUUUAGACCCCUCUCUUGAGGCCGCUGAGGGAUUGAGAUCCUCUACCGUGCAACAAAGUGCCUUGCGGGCAAGGGUUGUUAGACGGAAGAAAUGAAGUCUCGAGAUGUGAACAUUGAGAUCUUCGAUCGUUGAAGUUUUGAUCGGAGUAAAUGAGUUUGAACCGAAACUGAUUAAUUUUAAAUUACUUCCUAUCAAUUGAGCUUAUGUUCUAUAAUGAGUCAAGAAGUUCUCUUUGAUCUUGAAAGUUAGUAGAUGAAGAAGACCUGUAUGGGACAUUUUGUAAAACUUAGUUUGUUGAUUUUGCCAUGCCACCCUCCAUUAAUGCAAAAUGCAUUUUGUUCUUGGGGAAAUUUAAUGGAUGGGUUGUCAAUUUUACACUAAGUUCUCAAGUUCCCAUUACAUUU